AUGUCCACACCUGCGUAUCGUUUUGUGGCGACCUUGCUGCUGCUGCUCCACGUACUGCAGCUGGAACCCGGGGCCCAUGGCUUCGGGCUGAAUCUGAUGAAGGUACAGGGCGAGGACCGUGGCCAAGUAGCCUGCAUCCUGGCCCUGCUACGCAAGUACUUUGACUCUGGGGAUGGCCUCUCAGGAUCCGUGCUGUGCUUCACGCGGAACUAUCAGCUGCACAAUAUCCAGGACCAGCUGCUGAGGGGAAUUAAUUCAUACGCGGAGUAUCCCUGGACCCUCCUGGUCACCAAUUCCCGGGAGGUUGCUAACUCCGGUGAGUUCCUGAUGCCCGAGAAGCCGCAGUGUUAUUUCCUUAUAGUGGAGAACCUCGAUGACGAGGACCUCGACGAGCUGUUUGAGCACUGGAAGAGCAUGAUCAACUGGAAUCCUUUAGCCCAGUUUGUGGUCUAUCUGGCCGCCAUGGAGGAAACGGACGAGGAGAUGACUGAUCUGAUGGUGGAGGUGCUUCUUACUUUCAUGAACAAGAAGAUCUUCAAUGUGAAUGUGAUUGGGCAGAGCGAGGAGAACGAGUUCUUCUAUGGUAAAAGUGUGUUUCCCUAUCAUCCGGAUAAUAAUUGUGGAAAUCGAGUGAUAUCUGUGGAAUUACUGGAUGCCUGUGAUUAUACAGGUGAUGACAAACAGGAAGGAGAGAAAGAGGAUGAAGAUUACGAAGAGGGUGAAGAGGAGGAAGGCGGAGACCAGGAAGGCCCUGAAGAGGAAGUAAAUACAAAUAAAACGGAAAGUACAGAGCAAAGUCAAGAGCAACCAUCAAAUGAUUAUGAAAGUGGUGAAGGCAAUGAUGAGAGGGAUGAACAGAAAAGAGAAAACCAAUCUGCUCAGAAUGACACAGAUGAUGACAGCCAUGUCAAAAUAUUCAAAUCCAAUUCGUCAGAGCCAGAAGCCAUCAUCGAGGAGUUCUAUCGCGCCAAGUUUGAGGAUAAAUUCCCCAAAGAUCUCAGUGGUUGUCCCCUAACAGCCGCUUUUCGUCCUUGGGAGCCGUAUAUUUUUCGUAACACUGAAGAUGAGCCGGCGGAGGAUUACUACUACGGCCUGCGAGGGGAUGAAUAUGACUACAAUGAGACAUCUAGCUAUGGCGAGUCAGAGGACGAUAGCUAUGGGAAUUCCGAGGCAGAGUACGAUGCCGUGGACACCAAGACUGAGACGAGUGCAAAGAUCAAACUGAGUGGCAUCGAGUUCCAAAUGGUGCAGACCAUUGCCGAGAGACUGCACGUGAACAUAGAAAUGCAGGGCGAAAACGGCAACUUGUAUCACCUUUUUCAGCAACUAAUCGACGGGGAAAUCGAGAUGAUUGUGGGCGGCAUAGACGAGGAUCCGAGCAUCAGCCAGUUCGUAUCCAGUUCCAUACCCUAUCACCAGGACGAUCUCACCUGGUGCGUGGCCAAGGCUAAGCGCAGGCAUGGAUUCUUCAACUUUGUGGCCACCUUUAAUGCGGAUGCAGGAUUCUUGAUUGGACUAUUUGUGGUCACUUGCUCGCUGGUGGUCCUGGUGGCCCAGCGCGUUUCCGGUUUCCGGCUUCGUAAUCUCAGCGGUUACUUCCCAAUUUGCCUGAGGGUUCUGGGAAUCUUGCUUAAUCAGGCCAUUCCCGUUCAGGAUUUCCCCCUGACACUGAGGCAACUGUUUGCUCUCUCCUUCCUAAUGGGUUUCUUCUUUAGCAAUACGUACCAGAGUUUCUUGAUUAGCACACUGACCACUCCGCGCAGUUCCCAUCAGAUUAAGACGCUCGAGGAGAUUUACAGCAAUCGCAUGACCAUUAUGGGAACCUCCGAUAAUGUUCGCCACCUUAACAAAGAUGGGGAGAUCUUCAAGUAUAUCCGCGAAAAGUUUCAAAUGUGCUACAACUUGGUGGAGUGCCUCAACAAAGCCGCCCAUAAUGAACACAUUGCCGUGGCUGUAUCCCGUCAGCACUCUUUUUACAACCCACGCAUCCAGCGGGACAGGCUCUACUGCUUCGAUCGACACGAGUCCCUGUAUGUGUACCUCGUGACGAUGCUGCUGCCGAAAAAGUACCAUCUCCUGCAUCAGAUCAACCCGGUGAUCCAACACAUUAUCGAGUCGGGACACAUGCAAAAGUGGGCCCGGGACCUGGACAUGCGUCGCAUGAUCCACGAGGAGAUCAAUCGGGUGCGGGAGGAUCCCUUCAAGGCUUUAACCUUUGACCAGUUUCGUGGCGCCAUUGCCUUUUCCUCUGGGCUUUUGCUAAUGGCCAGUUGUGUCUUUGGCCUGGAGUGGUGCUAUGUAGUGUAUGUCCAUCGACAAAAAAUGAGAAGAAUUAACAAGAAAAGAAUAGCUAGAAAAAGGAAUAUCAAAUUAAGAACGCAUAACAAGCUUAAUGGUUGA